UUGAGGAGUGGCUCGGGAGGAGUCACGGCGCCCUCACGUACCGCAUGACGCAGGUCCUCACCGGACACGGUUGUUUCGGGAGGUACCUGCACCGCAUCGGUCGUGAGGAGGCGCCCGGGUGUCACCAUUGUGCGGACAGCCCCGAGGACACGGUGGACCACACAGUCCAGGUGUGCCCCGCAUGGGAGGGGCACCGCCGGGUCCUCGUCGAGGCUUUGGGCGGCGGUGACCUCUCGCGUCCGGCCCUGGUUCAGGCCAUGGUCCGGGGCGAGAGGGAAUGGGAUGCCGUUGCCUCCUUCUGCGAAGCGGUCAUGCUCGAGAAGGAGGAGGCGGAACGCCAGAGAGUUCGCACCUCUCAUCCCGGCCGCCGCGCUGGACCAGGUAGACACCAUGGGCGCCGGGUGUCGCGAGAUGACUCCCGGCCACCGUAGGCGUGGGUCUGUGGGCGGUGAGUUUGGGUGGCUCAUCGACCCUCUGUCUUUCUAGACGACAGACCCGUGUCGACGGCGCGCGUUGUUCCACGCGCUCCUCAAAGAGAUGUCAGCAACCCCAGCGGGGCCCAGCAGGGCCAAGGCCUGCCGGGGCUGCGGGUUGUUCGAAAGAGAUACCGCGGCCCUGGUACAUAAAAGGCCCAUGACGGAACACGACGGUUUUUAGUCAGUAAGAGUCUGACACUCCCUCUCCGCUGCUAACCC